CAUUUAAUUUCUCGUGAGGCGUAAAUUACUAGUUUUUAUUACUCUGUUUGGAUUGAAGCGCUCGAAUCACUUGCUGGUCACAAUUUUACAAAACAUUUAGAAGUUUCUGGUGAAGCAAGUGAGAUCGACGUGACGUACUAAAAAUGGCGUUCAUUAAGGAGGAGAGCGAAGACAUUAAAAUUGAAGAGGCAUUUCAAGUGAAACAAGAAGAUGCUGAGGAACAAACAGGUCUGAUUUCACUAAAAGAGGAAGGUCCAGAACUCAAUGGAAUGGAAGAGAAAGAUGAGAAACAUCAUGAUUUCACAACUGAAGAAAAAUAUUUUAGUUGCUCACAGAAUGAAAAGACUUCCACACAAAAAACAGCUGAAAAGACAGGAGCUCGAAGUUAUUUCUCCUGCCAAGAGUGUGGAAAGAGUUUCAGUCAACAUAGAAACCUUGAAGUCCACAUGAGACUUCACACUGGAGAGAAACCUUUCAGCUGCCAACAGUGUGGAAAAAAAUUUACUCAAAAAGGAAGCCUCAAAGUCCACAUGAGAAUUCACACUGGAGAGAAGCCUUACACAUGCCAGCAGUGUGGAAAGAGUUUUACACAUAGAGGAACCCUUAAUGCUCAUAUGAGAACUCAUCCUGGAAAAAACCCUUUCAAUUGCACAGUCUGUGGAAAGAGCUUUUCACGAAAAGAGAGUCUUAAGACUCACAUGAGAAUUCACACUGGAGAGAGGCCGUUUGUAUGUGGUCAGUGUGGAAAGAGUUUCAGAUGUAAAAUAAGCCUUAAUUACCACAUGAGGAUUCACUCAAGAGAGAACAAUUUUAAAUGUUAUCAGUGUGGAAUGAGUUUUACAGACGGGAAUCACCUUAAGAAUCAUGUAAUAACUCACAUCGGAGAGAAGCCUUACAUGUGCCAUCACUGUGGAAAGAAUUGCUCAAACAAAACAAGCCUUGAGGUUCACACAAGGGUUCAUACUGGAGAGAGGCCUUUCACCUGCCCUCAGUGUGGGAAGAGUUUCACAGUUAAAGGAAACCUUCAGACUCACAUAAGGGUUCACACUGGAGAGAAACCUUUCACGUGUCAUCAGUGUGAAAAGAGAUUCACAUAUCAAAAGGACCUGAAACGUCAUAUGCAAUCUCAUUCUGGGAAGAAACUGCAGAGUUCUGAGUGUGAAAAGAGGUUAAAAAAAUUGAGCAAUUUUAAAAAUGAUCUGCACAUUCACUCUGGAGGAAGGCAAUUUAAAUGCGCUCUGUGUAAUAAGAACUUUCUUUUGCCAUCACACUUAAAGAUACACAUGAAAAGUCAUGCAUUUGUGAGACCCUAUUUUUGUUCUUUGUGUGGAAAGGGUUUUAAAUGGCUCGGCAGUUUGAAAUGGCACCAGAAGAUAUGCAUCUGUGCAAAAUUAAUUUUGAUUGUAUAGAGGCAUUGUUUACAAUUUUGAUUCACUUAAAUACCUCAGAAGCAAAAUACUAGAUGAACUCCCAUUUUGCUACAAAAUGCCACAAUGUAAAUUUUAAAAUUUUGAAUAAAAGGCGAGACACUUGAAAAUUUGUUG